AUGGCCUCGACUCUAUACAUAUCGAACGCGGUAAAUCGGUACAGCCAUGCAGCGGAUAUCUCAUCCACGUCUCAUGUAGCAUUCGGCUCUACUAAAGGUGUUUCAUUCUGGGAUACUUCGUGGAUGCCAAUUUGCAAUGUGACGGCCCAUAGUAGCGCGAUCUCUUCUCUGUGUGUUCUGGCCGUUCAAGGCUCCGCAUUCUUGAUCAUCACGGGCUCAUCGGAUUCCUCGGUCAAGAUCUGGAGGACUGACUUCUCGAUUUCGACGGAGCCCUUGCUGGAAGUCCAAAAAUUGCCAAUGAAAGGCAAAUAUCCUAUGGCUCUGGCCAUAUCCCAGUUACCUAAAUCAGAAGGUAUAUUGGUGCUUGCCGUUGGUGGCACCGCUAGAAGUAUCGAGAUAUGGACUAGGUCCGCCGAUGUUUUUCUUCCUAGUCUUAUACUUUCGGGACAUGAAGACUGGAUACGCUCGCUAGAAUUCUACACAGACAAAGAAGAUACGCUGAUACUGGCGUCGGGUUCCCAAGACGCUACCAUUCGCCUCUGGAAUAUUGCACCCAUACUCAAAGCACCAGCACGAGAGGAUCCCCCUGACGCACCAGUACUCAGCUCCACAGAUCCGUUAAGUGAUGAACUUUUGGACGCUUUUGAGGCCUCCUUGGGGGAAGUCGGCGAAGCUGAAGAAGGCGGAAGACAAAUCUCCCUCAAGCGACAUGUUUUCUCAGUCAAAUCUGAGGGGAACGUUGCACAACAAUACUCACUUCUUUUUGACGCCUUGUUGGUUGGCCAUGAAGCUGGCAUUACGUCCCUCUCAUGGAGACCUUCAUCACUAAAACUCGAUCAACCAACUCUACUCUCCACCUCAACAGAUUCAUCCGUCAUUCUAUGGUCUCCAUCAGACAUCGGCUCCUCCGCGUCCUCUAACUCUGCGUCUAUAUGGAUAAACCGCCAGCGCUUUGGCGACAUUGGCGGGCAACGUCUUGGCGGUUUCGUCGGGGGACUAUGGGGGCACGGCGGUGCUGAAGUGCUUGCGUGGGGCUGGGGAGGCGGAUGGCGGCUUGGCGCUGUGACUGGGCACAAUGGGCCUGUGAAAGGUAUCGCUUGGAGUCCGAAGGGGGAGUAUAUCAUAUCAGCGGGCGUCGAUCAAACUACCCGGAUACACGGGUCAAUCAAAGAUGCAAGUGGACUGGAAACUUGGCACGAACUCGCUCGGCCACAGGUCCAUGGGUAUGACAUGGUGGAUGUUACAUUCCUAUCGGCACUCUCGUUCGUGAGCAUCGCGGACGAGAAGGUCAUCCGUAUUUUCGAGGCUCCUAAAUCCUUUGUCGACACAUUGGACGGGUUAGGAGUAGUGAGCUUCUCUGAUACGGAGAAACAACGCCCACAGGCUGCAAGCGUACCUGCCCUAGGACUUUCGAAUAAGGCUAUUUCUGAUGGUCGGUCGAAACUUAUAUUAACAGAGUUGGCUGAUACUCCUGCCUCUGUGAGACGCCCAUUCGAAGGUGAGUUAGCCUCAAUAACGUUGUGGCCAGAAACCGAAAAGGUGUUCGGUCAUGGGUACGAGUCCAUCGCUCUCGCAUCAAGUACUUCGAAGCACCUGAUUGCCACCGCCUGCCGUGCCACCUCCGCCGAACACGCAGUUGUUCGCAUCUACGACACCGAAAAAUACAAACUCGUCGGCGAGCCGUUGCAGGGCCAUUCACUGACCGUCACACGCAUCGCAUUCAGCCCAGAUGAUCGGUAUAUCUUGUCCGUCUCUCGAGAUAGAUCAUGGAUGCUUUCUGAGCUUCAGCCUAACGGUGGAUACGCGCCGCGGGUUGCCGAUAAAUCGCACGGACGGAUUAUCUGGGAUUGUGCAUGGUCUGACGACGGAGAAAUAUUUGCGACGGCUUCUCGCGACAAAACGGUGAGGAUAUGGUCUAUGAAAGAUAACGAAGGCAAGAGCAAGUGGGCCCCAGCAGCAACCAUUAAGACCAAGGAGUCGGCGACCUCGGUCGAUUUAUGUGGUCUUCCUAGCCAGGAGAAGCGGGUACUAGCCAUUGGGCUGGAAUCUGGGGAGAUAAUCAUCUUCACAAACCCACGAGGCUCGCCUUCUGACUGGCAACAGCAUCUAAGUUUGGAUAAAAGUAUGGCACAUGUAGACCAUGUCUACCGACUUGCUUGGAGACCUGCGACAGCUGCGGAUGGGACUGAGCAUCAUCUGGCUAGCUGCGGCGAGGACGGGGUCCUCAAGAUUCAUAAUAUUGACCUAAGUCAAAGUUGA